AUGACUGAAGUUGAACAACACAUUGGACCCUUUUCUUCACCACAAAUAUUACCAUCCUCAAUACCUUCUUCACCUGCUACUAUAAGUUUAGAUACUUUUCCUCUUAUUUGUGAAAAUCCACCUAUUAGAGCUUUAACAGCAGCUCAAUAUUAUCUUAUUCAUGAAACUUAUUAUUCAACUCCUUUACCAAAUCAUAUAUUAUUUCCUUGGUUACAUGGUGUUGAUGGAAAUAAUUAUCAUCAAAAUACAUUUUUCGGUAUAAGACAUUGUUCUAUACCUGAACAUCGAGGAGUUACAGUAGUUCAAGCUGAAGAAGGAAUAAAAGGAUUUUUGAUUCAUCCAGAAGGUUCAGGUAUUAAUUUAAGAAAUUUUAAAAUUCAGGUAGCAAAAUAUGCUACACUUUCAGAUAUCUUUGUAUAUGGUGAAAAUGGAGUAGAUGAUAAUGUAAUGGAAGUUGCAAAACAAAUUGCUUGGGCUCAAAAACUUUUUAGAAAGGAUAAACCUAAUUUAAUGGAAUAUGAAGUAUUUGUGAUUGUAGAUCCAUUUUCUUAUUUUGAAGAAGAAUAUCCGGAACUUGUUUCGAUCGAUAGUAAAGGAGUCAUACGUAAUAAAAUCAAUUUUCUGGAUCGAGAACGAGAAGAAAUGAAGAUAUUGACUUCAGCUUCAGAAAUAUCAACAAACGUUUGGUUGGGUAAUACUCAAGAUGUUCCUAUAUCAAGCGAUCUUGAUCCUGCUGAUUCGGCUAUUUCACUAAUUGAUGAUAAUCCACAUCAAUUCUGCGUAUGUAUUGAAUCACAUGAUUUAGCAGAAAUGCCAGAUGAAACAACACUUUGUUUUGCAGCAGGACAACUUUCUCUUUUAUCUAAAUCUUUUACGACCGAUGAUAUAAUACAUUUAGAUUAUGGAUAUACAGAAACAUCACUUUUGGCAUUAACUUAUUUAAUGUUUAAUGAAAAUUUAAAACUUCCUGAAGCUUACCUCAAAUUACAAGAAACUCGUAGUUUUUUCGUAUAUCAACAUGAUUCAACUACUUUAUUUGAAAUUGAAAGACGAAUAUGGGAAAGGAAAAUAAUUUUACAUAAUCGAAGUUUUCCUAGUAGAAUAUUACCUUUCUUAUAUUUAGGAAAUUUAAAUCAUGCUUGUAAUGCUGGUAUGUUGGAAGCUUUAGGUAUCAGUCACGUGUUAUCGGUGGGAGAAGAAUCUAAAUUAGAUAGAAGUAGAUUUGUAGUAAAAUCCUUGGAUAAUUUAUAUGAUGAUGGAAUUGAUAGUUUAUGGAAUUAUUUAGAUUCAUGCGUUAAUUUUAUUGAAGCUGCACGUGCAGCAAGUGGAAUUGUAUUAAUCCAUUGUCGAGUAGGAGUUUCUCGAUCUGCCACUAUUACAAUUGCUUAUAUUAUGAGAUAUUUAGGUAGAUCAUUGGUAUCUUCAUAUUUAUUUGUUAGAGCUAGACGUCUUAAUGUUGUUAUUCAACCAAAUUUAAAAUUUAUGUAUGAAUUAUUACAAUAUGAACAAAAAUUAACAGGUAGAAUGGGAAUUAGUUGGACUUGGUUAGCUAAAGAAAUUCAUAAUUUAAAUAUGUGUUACGUUGGAUCAUAA